AACAUGAAACAACAAUUAAAACCAAUUAACCAUGUAGUUUGAACUUGGAAGUUACACCGUACACGAUUUUUUUCUAAUUUAUGAAUUAAAAUAUUAGCUGAAUUUUUUUUUUUUAUAUAAUAAAGACUAAAGACUGAAUGAAAACGACAAAAAAAUAGUAUAGCUUUAUUGUUAAAAUUAAAAAAAAAAAUUAAUUAUAAAAAAAUAUAUAUUUUCUUCUUAUAAAUAAUAAUGAAAAAAUAUAAAAUAAAACAACUAAAAUAGAUUAGAAUUAAACAUUUUUUUUUCAUUUUAAUACAAUGUUUGAUAUAAUAUGCACAACAGUAAAUGGCGGUAUUCCGAUAUUUUAUCGGAAAAGUGGUACAGAAAAUUCAGUACCUUUUACAACAUUUUCUACAUUAAACGCUGUAAUAACAUUUGCCGAUGUACAAAAUGUUCAUUUUAAAACGAUACGCACCGAUAAACACUGUUUUGUAUGGCAUAAUGUUGCAAACAGCUUAGUUAUUGCUGGUAUCGGUGAUUUGAAUGAAUGUACAAUAUCUUCAUGUUUAAAAUUGAUAUCAUGUUUGAUCAAAAUGAUGGUUGGUGAAGAAAACAUAAGCAUUAAGAAUACGGAUAGAUUGAAACGAGAAAUAAAACCGUGUAUUCCUAUUAUCGAUCAUUUAUCAAACAUAUUAAGGUCAGGAUCUAUAGAAAAAAAUUUAAUAAGUUCAAUUGAAGUACAAUCGUUGAAAGAGAACAAAGUGAUACAAAGUUGUUUGUGCAGUUGGUCAGAAAUAAUUUGUAGCGAUUUGUGUUGGAUCAUCGUUGACAAGAAAGUUUGUGCUGCUACAAAUGAUUGGUGGAAUUUGCAUAUUAACGAUCGAAAGCUUUUGGUUACAAUUAUUAUAAGUAAUUGUUACGAGUUAAAUACAUCUGCAGACUUUCCUAUUUUUUUACCUCAUUUAUCUAAUAAGUCCUUAUUAAGGCUUGUAUGUUGUAUGAUAGUACAGGGUGUAUGGAUAGCUGGUAUUUGUGGACCCUUACCAAAUUUAGAUAAUAUUGAAAUCAGUGCAGCAAAAUUAUUCAGAUCGAUUAUAAGUUAUUUUCGACCAAAUCACACGAAAAUCGAGCUCGCUUCUGGAUACAUUUUUAUAAAUACAAACACGUCACAGUUUAUACAAAAUUAUUAUUAUUUAAAUACGAGUGUACAAAGUGAAUUACAACAUUUUUAUGAAACGGUUGCAUCGCGCCUUGUAAAAGAUGAUGAGACAGUCGGAGAAAUAUCAGGUGUGGGGAAAAACCAUAAUUUUUACGCAUUACAUUCAAAUGGACUGACAAUGUGUUUAGCAUAUCCAAUAAAACAUAACAUGAUAACGAUCAGGCAUUAUGCGAAACAAGCUUUUCAACAAUAUUUAUUGGACAUCAACAACUGAUAGUAUUUAAUUUACUGUUAGUUUGUUGUCAAAUUCGACAUUCAAGUGGAGUUUGUGAUCGAGAUCACUGGUCUGCAAUUGUGGACUAGACCUGAAUAAACAUCGUUUUGUAAUUACCAUAAUAUAGAAGUUGUGUUUUGUAUUAAAUUAUAUUCCCUUUUAAUGCCGGAAUGCCAUUUAAGUGUUAUUGUGCCUUAUGAUCAAUUCUCGGUAACAUUUUGACACUGACCAUACCUUAGCAAUUGAUUAUUACAUUUUAUAUUAAUUGAAUUAUGAACUGUAGACGUCGCAAAAAGUCUCUCUUGUUGUUUGUUGUAUUAUGUUAAUUCUUGUUUAAAUAUAAUAAAUAUUAAAAAGUUAAAUUGACCAAUGGACAUUGGUCUAUUCUUCGAAGAUCAUUUUAGUAGCCUAUCAUUGAACUUAUACAUUAUUUGCACGA